AUGGAGCCUGAGAGCAGCCCCCUGACCACACACGUGCUCGAUACUGCGUCAGGGCUCCCAGCCCGCGGCCUGCGCCUCCACUUGUCUCGGCUUGAGGACCUCAGCCAGCAGUGGACAGAACUGAAGAAAAGCUACACAGACCUGGACGGCCGCUGCCCUGGGCUCCUGAGGCCAGGCCAGAUGAAGCCUGGCACCUAUAAGCUGUCCUUCGAAACCCAGGGCUACUGGAAGGAGAGGGGGCAGGAGAGCUUCUAUCCAUACAUAGAGGUUGUCUUCACCAUCACAAAGGAGACCCAGAAGUUCCAUGUGCCUCUGCUGCUGAGCCCGUGGUCCUACACCACCUACAGAGGGAGCUAG